CAUUUAAGAACGCAGAAUCGUAUUUUAGCAAGUUUCGAAAAGUAUAAGUUUUGCCGGGAUUUCGAUCUCUCAUUGACGGUAACAAAGAGCAUCCGGGCGAAAGAAAAAGUACAGAAAUUUGUCAUACGAUUAUUAGAUUGUUGUAACAUUAUGUCUAAAGUGAAUACGCUGUACAAUUAUUUUAUUUCUCCUAAAACUCCUACAACUCCUAAACAAUUGAAUAAUAAACGUUCGUCCGAAGAAAAAUCUAGCACACCGAAAAGAGCAAGGGAACAACGGAACAAAGCAAAGACUCCGAGUAAAGGAAAGGAGAACAAGGAUGUUAAAGAUAGGAAGAGAGUCUUUAAAGAUGAUGAUGAUGAUGAUGAUGAUGAUGAUGAUGAUGACAAAGAAAAGAAAGAAGAAGAAGAACAAAGCGAGCUAAUACGACCAAAGAAACGAAGAUUAAUUAUUCCUGAUGAAGAAUCUGGAGAAGAUUCUGGAGAUGAAUUUAAGCCUGAUCCAGAGAAUGAAUCAGAAGAUUCUGAUACAGGAUCUGAAGGAUGUACUGAAAGCGAACCACCAACUGCUAGUGAAGAAGAAACUCCUGAGAAGAAGAUAAAGUUGAAUAAAACUUCUGGAAGAAAACAAAAUGAUAUAAAGAAAAUUCCCAAAGAAGAUAAAAAGGAAUCAAAAUCGCAACAACAGAAUCAAGCCCAAGGUCCAAAUAAUGUGGAAUCUUGGCGACACUUGAAGUAUGAUUUUCUUCAACCAAAUAAAAUACGAGAUAUUAAUAGAAGACCACCAACUGAUCCAGAGUAUGAUCCUAAAACACUUUAUGUUCCUCAGGAUUUUUUGAACCAACAAACUCCAGCUAUGAGACAAUGGUGGGAAAUAAAAAAGAAACACUUUGAUUGCAUUCUUUUCUUUAAAGUAGGAAAGUUUUAUGAAUUAUAUCACAUGGAUGCUGUAAUUAGUGUCAAUGAGCUCAAUCUUACAUAUAUGAGAGGAGAGUUUGCGCAUGCAGGGUUUCCAGAAAUUGGAUAUGGUCGUUUUUUAGCGAGUCUCGUAGAAAGAGGCUAUAAAGUGGCUAGAAUAGAACAAACAGAAAAUCCAGAGAUGAUGGCACAACGUUGCAGCAAAAUGGCUAGACCUACUAAGUUUGACAAAGUAGUUAACAGAGAAAUUUGUCAAAUAAGUACUAAAGGUACAAGGGUAUAUACUCCACAGGAUGUAGAACCAGCUACGGCAAAUUCCAAUUAUUUGUUAUCUCUGGUUGAAAAAUGUCCAUCUGGUUCCAAUAUAUCUCAUUAUGGAGUGUGUUUCUUAGACACAACAAUAGGAGAUUUUUAUCUUUGUCAAUUCGAGGAUGAUCGCUGCAAUUCUAGAUUAUUAACUUUAUUUGCUCAUUAUCCGCCAGUCCAUGUGGUAUAUGAACGAGGUAAUUUGUCUCAAAGAACUUUAAAAAUUCUAAACAAUGCUUUAGCAGCGUGUAUUAAAGAACCGCUUCUACGUGAAUCUCAAUUUUGGUCGUCUACAACAACGUUGAAAAAUCUUCAUGAAGGAGAAUAUUUCAAAAAGCCAAAUUCCGAGUUUCAAUGGCCUGUAGGCUUACAACCAUAUCUUAAUCAAAGUGACAGUUUAGGUUUAACACCCGCUGACGAUAAAGAGUUAGCAGUAUAUGCAUUAGGUGGAUGUAUACACCUGCUCAAGGAAUGUCUGCUUGAACAACAACUACUGGCACAAGCACGUUUCAAAACGUAUACUCCUCCAGAUUUUUCAAAUGAAACCUUGAAAUUUGCAAAUAAUAUGGUUUUAGAUGCUAUCACUAUUAAUAAUUUGAGAAUUUUCGGGGAAGGUUCUCUUAUGAAGACGCUAGAUCGUUGCUGUACUGCAUUUGGAAAGAGAUUGUUGCGAGAAUGGAUUUGUAGACCAUCUUGUCGUAAAAACAUUAUAAUCGAACGUCAAGAAGCUAUACAAGAAUUAAUGAAUAAUUCAGAUAUAGUACAAAGUGCUCGUAAUAUGUUAAGUGGACUCCCUGAUCUUGAAAGAUUAUUAAGCAAGAUUCAUGCUCAAGGGAAUGCGGCAAAAAUGAAUAAUCAUCCUGAUGGCAGAGCAAUUAUGUUCGAAGGGCAAACGUAUUCAAAGAAGAAAAUUCUAGAUUUCACUACUACUCUGAGUGCUUUCGAGGAUGUUUUAAAAAUAGUUGCUUUGUUUGAAGAUUUCAACAGUACAUUAGUAAGUCGAUGUACUAAAGUAGAGCCGGAUGGCGAGUUUCCUUCGUUAAGAGAAUCAUUAGAUUAUUUCAAGACCGCGUUCGAUCACGAAGAAGCCAAGAAAGUAGGCUGCAUCGUUCCAAAAAGAGGUGUCGAUGACGAGUACGAUUCCGUUUUAAUGGAGCUUGAUGAUAUAAAGAAAGAUGCCGAAGCAUACCUUCAAAAGCAAAAACAGCAUUUCGGUGUAAAAGUGACGUAUCACGGAUCGGAUAGAAAGCGAUAUCAGAUUGAGAUUCCAGAGUCUCAGAUAAAGAAAGUUGGAAUCGGUUAUGAGCUUCAGUCGCAGAGAAAAGGAUACAAACGCUAUUAUACCAACGAGACCAAGGAAUUUCUAAGUAGACAAACAAAUGCCGAAGAACAUAAAAACAGAGUAUUAAAGGAUUUAAACAGAAGAAUAUUCGCAAAAUUCAGCGAGAAGUACGAUAUGUGGAAUAUGGCAGUUUAUAAAUUGUCUGUUUUGGAUGUUCUUAUUUCUUUGACUGAAUACGCUCUUAGUGGAGAUAUGUGUAUACCAGAAAUUUGUGACGGUACAGAUGAAGGGGUAUUUAUUGAUGUUAGAGAAGGACGGCAUCCGUGUAUUCUUUCGGACACAUUUAUACCAAAUAGUACUUUACUAGGAACCGAUAGUUCUGCCUCUUUCAUGAUUCUCACUGGACCAAAUAUGGGUGGUAAAUCAACAUUGAUGCGUCAAGUCGCUCUUCUUACUAUAAUGACACAGAUCGGAAGUUACGUUCCUGCAAGUUCCUGUCGUUUGACUUUAGUAGAUCGUAUUUUCACGAGGCUCGGAGCAAAUGACGAUAUUUUGGCUGGUCAGAGUACUUUCUUGGUAGAAUUGAGCGAAACUGCCGCGAUAUUGCAGCACGCUACACCAUACUCGCUAGUGCUGCUUGAUGAAUUGGGUCGUGGUACGUCGACGUAUGACGGUACGGCAAUAGCCGCCUCAGUUGUAAAUGCACUUCUGAAAUUGAAUUGUCGCACCUUGUUCUCUACACAUUAUCAUUCUCUGGUAGAAGAUUAUAAAAAUACCAAAGAAAUUACUUUAGCCCAUAUGGCAUGUAUGGUAGAAACGGAGGAACAGGAUGAAGUAUCUCAGGAGACGGUAACAUUUUUGUACAAACUUAGCGAGGGAGCUUGUCCAAAAUCAUACGGUUUCAAUGCUGCUCGGUUAGCUGGUGUCCCACCUGUAAUUACAAACAGAGCGCAUGAGAUCUCGAAGAAACUCGAACAAGAGACCAAUCAAAAACAUGUCUUCGCCAGUCUGUGCAAAGCGAACGGAACAGCUAUAAGGGAUCUGAUCGCUGCGAUGUAAAAACCAAAUCGUUCGAUAACGAAUAUUUAUAGGAACAUUUAGCAUGUAAUUACACUUUCACAGUAUUACGUAUUUUUUAAUAUUUUAUAAAUUUAUUUCGCUGAAGCUCGAUAUCAUUUGAUAUUCGUGUAUAUUUUGACAAUAAAAUUACUGGAAUGAAACGUCAACUUGAUAGUCAACAUCAUUUGUAAGCUGUGGACGGAAUGAUGGAUAAAAGGAACAACGAUUGUUGCUUACAAAAUUUUAUUAAUCAAUGCCAGAGUACAAAAGGGCUACUUAUGAGACGAGAAUACGAUGAAAUACAAACAAUUUUCUUACUCACACCAAAACGAUGAAGAAACAUUUCUUCUCUCUCUCUCUUUUUCUCUCACCUUUUCUCAAUUUUUUUAUUUCAAGUGUAAGAGGAAUCGUGUGCACGAGUAUCUUACUGUGAAAUAAUAAAUACAAUUCCUUAUGUGUUAUCGUGAAACAAGGAAGAAGCAAAUAGUGAACGACUAUAAAAAAAGAUGAAUGAUUAUUGGUUAGGUUACGUAUGAUAAGAGUUACGUAGUGUCUCUGCGUUAAGAGGAUCGUAAGUGAUAUACAGCGAUAAAUAGGAUCCAUGUAAAUCCUGACCGUUUAAGGAGUAUCUGCAUGUAUAGUAGGUUACUACGGUAUGAUUAGUAAAAUUGCAAUCUUCUCCAACAUUUUAAAUAUGAAUAGAUAUUUAUGCCUCGAUGUGCAAAAUUUUCUCUCCUUUUUCACCUCUUUUUUUUUUCUUCUUUUUUCUGUUUUUGUAUUCGAAUGAACAAAGAAACUUAAAAACAAAAAGGAACUGUGCUCUCUAUAGAAAGUUACGCGAAUGGCGUAUUUAUUAAUUCAUGCAGAAGAAAAAACUAGAUACGCUUAUUAAAAAGGCACGGAAAUUAAGAAAGCACUUGACCUUGUUUUCUUUUUUAAUGGGUUACACAUAUGAUGUACUUUUAUUAUUAUUAUUAAUAUUAAUAUUAUUUAUUAUUAUUAUUAUUAAUAUUAUUACCUUUCUUUUUUUCAUCUUUCGAGUAACAUAUGCCUACUUCUAAUAUACAAUUCCGAGGUUCCGUCAAACAUUUUCUAGGUUUUCUUUUUUUUUAUUUUAUUUUUAUUUUUAUAAUAAUUCAUUAUUAUAUUCUUGAAUCAAGGACUAUCUUUUUCCUACUUUCUGGACGUUCAUUUUCUUUUUUCUUCUCUUCGUUUAAUUUUUGCUAUAUUCAAUCGGAAUUUUUUUUUUUUUUUUUUUUUUUUUUUUUUCCGAAGAAAAAAGACCAACCGACAACAGUCUAUCGAAUUCAAGGGAGCGUGGUUCCUGGUGCUCGGUUUUUUUUUGAUUUCUCGCCACCCAGUAUUAAAGAAGUAAAGAAACG